AUUUCCAGAGCUAGAACGAGAUCAGCGAACAACAGAGCGAUCUCUUGUAGGAGCUGUUGUCGUUCGAAACGGGGCUGCUGGGUGGGACCGAAGAAAGGGGAAAAUAAGUGCCUCUCUCAGCGUAUGAGGAAUUCACGGCACAGCAGCUGGGCGAGUCAUAAGUUAGGUUCACCUUUCUUAAAACGCAUCACGUCUGGUGUUUCCCACGGUCUCCAGAACAAGUGUCACUGGCAACAGACGCUCCUGUUGCCUUUUCUCCCUCGUGACCCCCACCCCUUAGCCAAAAUCCGGCUGUUAGAUGUGACGUCGAGGUUGAUCAGGAGAAGUCACCAUGUCUUAAACGCCGAAGGGCCCUCUGGAGCCCUGCCCCCCCACCCCAUCCUUCCCUCCCCCUCCCCCUCUCCCAUCCCCCACCUCGCCCCGUCCCCCAGCCCNNUCCCACUCCCCCACCUCUCCACCCACCUGCGAGACAGGCUGCCCAGUGCUGGCUCCCCACCGGCGCACCUCUCUCCUCCUCCCGGGGAGAUGAACUCACAGAAGCAGCAGCAGCAGCAGCUGGGUGCUGGAAACGUCGGGGUCAUGGAUUCUGACCGCGACCUGCAGUCUGCCACUUCUUCCAUCUCUCUGCCUUCAGUGAAGAAGGCCCCGAAGAAGAGGCGGCUCUCUCUGGCUUCUCUCUUCCGAAGACGAGGCCGGGACACUAAAUCAGGCCGCCAGCAGUCCAGGGACCUCCAGCACCCCGGGUCAGGGGGCAUUGCAGGAGUGGACGGCAUCGCCAGCAUCGAGAGCAUCCACUCUGAAAUGUGCAACGACAAGAACUCGGCCUUCUUUUCUGCGGCGGGGACAGGAGCCGCCUUCGCCGCCGCCUCGUUGUCCUCCGCCUCAGGGCCUUCUUAUGCUGCUACCAGCUCCUCAGCUAAGGCUGGGGGAGCAGCAGGGGCGGAACUACUGGAGUGCCCACUGUGCCUUCUACGCCUCUCCAGGGAGAGCUUCCCCGACAUCAUGACGUGCCACCACCGCUCCUGCAGCGACUGCCUGCGCCAGUAUCUGCGCAUCGAGAUCUCGGAGUCACGCAUCAACAUCAGCUGCCCCGAGUGUGCCGAGCGGUUCAACCCACACGACAUCCGUAUGAUUCUGGGGGACCAAGUGCUGAUGGAGAAAUAUGAGGAGUUCAUGCUGAGGAGGUGGCUGGUCGCAGAUCCGGACUGCCGCUGGUGUCCCGCACCAGACUGUGGAUAUGCAGUGAUAGCUUUUGGCUGUGCCAGCUGUCCAAAGAUCACAUGCGGCAGGGAGGGCUGCGGCACGGAGUUCUGCUACCACUGCAAGCAGCGGUGGCACCCCAACCAAACGUGUGACGCGGCACGCCAGCAGAGAGCCCAGAGUCUCCGCUUGAGAACCGUGCGCUCGUCCUCCCUCAGCUACAGUCAGGAGAGCGGUGCCGCAGCCGACGACAUUAAGCCAUGUCCUUGCUGCGCCGCUUACAUCGUCAAAAUGAAUGACGGGAGCUGUAACCACAUGACCUGUGCUGUCUGUGGCUGUGAGUUCUGCUGGCUCUGCAUGAAGGAGAUCUCAGACUUGCACUACUUGAGUCCGUCAGGCUGUACGUUCUGGGGGAAGAAGCCUUGGAGCAGGAAGAAGAAGAUCCUUUGGCAGCUGGGAACACUAGUGGGCGCUCCUGUUGGAAUUGCACUGAUUGCUGGGAUAGCCAUCCCUGCCAUGAUCAUCGGCAUACCUGUAUACGUGGGCAGGAAGAUCCAUAACCGCUAUGAAGGCAAGGAUAUUUCCAACCAUGAGCGGAACCUGGUGAUCGCUGGUGGAGUGACGCUGUCUGCCAUCGUGUCUCCUGUGGUGGCUGCAGUCACCGUCGGCAUCGGGGUCCCCAUCAUGCUUGCCUAUGUCUACGGCGUGGUGCCCAUCUCUCUGUGCCGCAGUGGAGGCUGCGGCGUGUCAGCCGGGAACGGAAAGGGAGUUCGGAUCGAGUUCGAUGAUGAGAACGACAUGAAUGCUGGCAACGGAACGGCUGCUACCGAUACGACAUCGGUAGCUGACACCAGGAACAACCCCAGUAUCGGCGAAGGCAGCGUCGGGGGUAUGACGGGCAGCCUGAGCGCCAGCGGCAGCCACAUGGACCGCCUCGGCGCCGCCAGGGACAACCUGAGCGAGACAGCCUCCACCAUGGCUCUGGCCGGAGCCAGCAUCACCAGCAGCCUGUCCGGCAGCGCCAUGGUCAACUACCUGCACAGGAUGGAGGUCCAGGCCGACGUGCAGAAGGAGCGCUGCAGCCUGAGCGGGGAGUCGGCCACUGUCAGCCUGGGCACCAUCAGCGACAACGCCAGCACCAAAGCAAUGGCCGGCUCCAUUCUCAACGCGUACAUGCCUCUGGACAGAGAGGGAAACAGUAUGGAGGUCCAGGUGGACAUCGAGUCCAAACCCACCAAGCGACGGCACCACAGCGGCGGCAGCAGCGCCGACGACGGCGGCAGCGGCUGCAGCAACGCCGUCGGCCGCUGCGCCUGGAGCAACCCCACGGCCGGGUGCAGCUCCUCUGAAGGCAGAGGGACGGCCGCCAAGUGGGCCAAAGAGACGUCGGGCUCGUCCUUCAGCGCCGGCAGCAAAAAGAGCAAAGGCAAGCUGCGCAAGAAGGGAGGCGGCGGCACCAAGAUCAACGAAACACGGGAGGACAUGGACGCUCAGCUGCUGGAGCAGCGCAGCACCAACUCCUCAGAGUUCGACUCGCCGUCGCUGAGCGGCAGCCUGCCCUCGGUGGCCGACUCCCACUGCAGCCACAUGUCCGAGUUCAGCUGCUCUGACCUGGAGAGCAUGAAGACGUCGUGCAGCCACGGCUCCGGCGGCGGCGACUACCACCUGCGCUUGGCCACCGUCAGCCCCCUCCCCGAGGUGGAGAACGACCGGUUGGAGGCGUGUCCUUCCCACUGCUCUCCCCAGUCCCCCACCUCCACCACCUCCUCCCUGGGAAAUGGCACGGACCUGUCGGUGCUCUGCUUCGUCACGGACGAGAACAUCAACAUCACGUGUGCCGGCGAACUGGACUGCAACAGUGGAGAGCUCCUGAAGGAGCAUAACAACAACCACCAGCCGCAGGACGCGGCCGCGCCCGAGCAGCAGGCCAGGAACACCUGCUUACACACUGAUAUUUAAUAAACUCCGUACCUGAAGUGCUGCAUUCACUUUAUAGACCACCUCCUUUCCUUCUUUAAGCUAACAGCUGCUGCUUUACAGUUUUGGUUAUUCCCUAGUAAGAGAUGUGUCUUGUUAGGAUGGAGGUUUUCCAUGGGAAGCAGCUUUUGAGUAAAAUUGUUACUAGCAGCCAUCUGAAAGUGUUAAAGUUCCUCCUCAGGCUGUUUCUCUGUAUUUGUCAUGUUUCACAUAAAGCUGUUCACUGAUUGGCUGCUGCAUUGAUCUGUAGGUCAAAAUAAAGUUCUUCAGUUCAUCUCAAAUACAACGUUAAAUAGAUCUGAUUUCCUGAGACAAACUGAGCGAGGGACCAGGCAAUACGACUUCUUGGUUUGUUUUCUUCCCCCUAAAUGUAAAAGUGACUGUUUUGAAUAUAUGUAUGUGUAUAUAUAUAUAUAUAUAUAUAUAUAUAUAUAUCUCGACACUGAACCGUUCCAGCUCUGAAAUUGACCUUUACAACGCUAAGAUCUACCGAGGGAGAUGGUGCUCCACUGCUUUUUGUUCUGUAGCUUGAAUCUCUCAAGUGUCUUUUAGUGCCAAGAUAACUUUGAAAUCUUGGGCAGAAUUUAGCUCUGGAAAAGGUUUGAACCGAUUUGAUAAUAAA